AUGGUGCAAAAGCUCAUGGCCGAGUUAAAGGUGCUCAUCGGCAAAAGAGCGCCGGUGGGGGGACCUCCACCAGCUCCGCCGCCCGCACAGCAUCAGUAUUCACGACGAGAUCUGAAAGCAAACCUUCACAGGCACAUGAGUAUAGUUCUCGACAGUGCGUCGGGUACCAGCGCCGUGGCAAUCGACAACAAGAUCGAGCAAGCUAUGGAUUUGGUUAAGAGCCACUUGAUGUUCGCGGUGCGUGAGGAAGUGGAAGUGCUUAAAGAGCGCAUCGCCGAACUGAUGGAGAGGAUCAACCAGCUGGAGGUAGAGAAUACGUACCUGCGGGCGCACGCCAGCCAGGACACGCUCGCGCAGCUGCCGGCCGCCGGCGUGAAGCCGCCGCCGCAGACGCAGGGCCCUCAGCCGCCCGUCUCGUAG